AUGGUUUACACGGGGAAGCCCAGCCGUGGUUGUGCCUGCGACGAAAAGACACCCGCGUGCUCAUACUGCAUCAAGACCAAGCAGAAAUGCCCUGGGUACGAGGGCAAAUUCGACUUGGAAUGGAGGGACCAAACAGUGGUUGCCAGAAAACACGUCGAGCGACGAAUCCAAGCAACGGAGCACGCCAGGCAUCGAGAAGAUUCUUUCGAAAAGCUAUCAUUGUCUGAGAUUCAUACACAAUCAAGCCCGGUCUUCUCGAAUUCGAGGCCAGUUCCGACUCCAAGCUUCUUCUUUGCUGUCUAUGCACCGCCACCAACCAAUCCUCUGGAUACACGGGAACACCUGGAGUUUCUUGCUCCUCUUUACCCCCGAGCGGCGCCCCACUCGACAUUAUCUCUCUCGGCUAUGGUGCUUGCAAGCCGUCUUUAUAUUGUAUGGAAAAGCCAACGACCCGACGCACCCGUCUCAAGAUCCCUGUACCUCCGCGCCGUAUCAGCCAUGAAAGAGCAAAUAACUCAGGCAGACACUUGUGCUAAUGAUGAGAUCCUUCUCUCUGUCUUGCUCCUCCAACAGUACGAGGUUAGUCAAAGUUCCCUCUCCGCUGGUGACCAUUUGACGAAUAUCCAGACCCUUGUAAAUACGGCAAAGAGAAGAAGUUCACCGCGAGCACAUUUCGAUGGUGCCUUGGCGCUAAUAAAACACCGAGGACUUCAUACAUUCACCAAUAAAGUAUCUCAGGGCUUGCUCUUGUGCGUUCGAGCUCAGCUGAUUGAGGAAGCGCCUCGAAAUUGCCUUCCACUAGAGGAUACUUUGGAUAUCUGGAGCUACGUUGCAGCGGGCACUGAUGUCUCGCCUGACAUCCAACUCGAUAACAUCAACGUCGAAGUAGCGAAUCUCAACGCUUCAGUCACUCAGGCUUCGCAAUCGGAGUCGAGCAACCUGGACUCGAUCAGCGCCCUGCUCCGCUCAUCAUCAGAGAUAGAAAGAACUCUAUAG